UGAAUGUGACUCUGGAUCCAGACACGGCUCAUCCCAAACUCGUCCUGUCUGAGGAUCGGAAAAGUGUGAGAUACGGGGACACGCGGCAAGAUCGGCCUGACAAGCCUGAGAGAUUUGAUACUUGCCUCUGUGUGCUGGGUGCCGAGGGCUUUGCAGGUGGGAAGCGUUACUGGGAGGUGGAGGUGGGAGACAAGACUGCCUGGGACAUGGGGGUUUGCAGGGAAUCUGUGCACAGGAAGGGGAAGGUAGCAUUUACACCUGAUGACUACUGGAGACUCACACUGAGGGAUGGGGAAUACAAGGCCCUCAUCUCCCCUUCUACUACCAUCCCUGUAAGCACCAGGCCCAGCCGGGUGGGGAUUUUCCUGGACUACCAGGCAGGUAAGGUCUCAUUUUACAAUGUGACUGACAGGUCCCAUCUCUUCACCUUCACUGACAUCUUCUCCGGGAUGCUCCGCCCAUAUUUCAGUCCCUGUAACAACACUGAGGGUACAAAUGUGGCUCCCCUGACAAUCUGCCCUGCCCCAGCCCAGGAGGGAGGGAAUCUCAAUAAGGUGGAAUGAGGUUGUCUGUUCCAGCUGCCCUGGCUCAUGUUACAACAGGGGCUGCACCAUGUGGGAUCAGUGGGAGAUGCUCUUAUGUCACUGCCUUUGCUCUCGCUGCUGGGAUAGAGCACCAUGGGCAACUGCAGAGUGAUCUGCAGUCAGUUUGGUGGGUCUUCACUAAACCUGUUAUAUCCAUCUCCGGGAUAGAUUUAAUUAAUUUCAGUGCAUGGAUAUGGGCUGCUGGGUAGAUGGAGCCAGUGAUCCCUGCAGCUCAGACUGUUUCCUCCUAGCACUGACUCCAGGCAUGUUCCCAUGGGGAUAGUGCCAAAGGCAUGGUCUGCCUUCCCUUCGCACCUUUCCCUCCCAGUCUCCAGCCUCAGGCCUGUGAGUUGGGAGAGGGGGAGAGAAUGAAGUAAGGGGUGAAGGCUACUGGAGUGUGGGGUGCAGAGACAGUAUGGGGUGAUGGCUGCUGGGGUGGAGUCAGCUGGCUGUGGGGGCAGCAGGUUGCAAGCUAGGGGGGCAGGAAUAGAAGGUGCAGGGUUUCUGGGGCAGAGGACUUGAAGCUGCUGAGAUGUGGCGUGCAGGGAGAAGAUGUGUAAAUGCAAUGCGGGGCUAGCUGCUGUGGCCAGGUGUGGGGAAGGAACAGCAGCCAGAAGAGCAGAGCUGAGAUGACGGAGGUGGAGGGGACUAAUCAAGGGGGGAGGGAGAGAGGCCCCAAGAAGGAAGAGACCCUGACAGAAAUUACAACUGCCCGCCUUUGUCAUGUAAACAGACAUAUCCCAAAAUAGCUACCCGGCAUCUUAACAAAGCCACCCGUUAUUUUGAAAUAUUUUUCAAAAUAACAGAUGCGCUAUUUUAGCAGCUCCGCAAACCUCACUCCACAAGGGUUAAGGGAUGUCUUGAAAUACCAUAUUAUUUCAAAUUUUGGUGCUGUGUAGAAGUGCCAAAUUUCAAAGUAUGCUAUUUUAAAAUACAA